AUGCAGGCUUCUCCACAAUUGAAGGGCGCGUAUAACAGUGUCAUCCUCGAAUAUUUAGAAAAAGGUUACAUCUCACCUACAGAUUCUGUGUCUUCGGAAGUUUCGUACUUCAUUCCGCAUCAUGGUGUGAUCCGCGAUGACAAGAUCACUACCAAGCUUCGUGUCGUUCUCGAUGAUAUUCGUCAAAUGUUUCUCAGCAUCGGAAUCCGAGAAUCGGAUCGUCGUUUCCAACGCAUUUUGUAUCGUUUUUCGCCGAAAGAACCUUUAAAGGUUUAUGAGUUCAAUCGUGUCGUUUUUGGACUCAAGUCUAGUCCUCUUCAUGCUCUGCGCACUAUAAAGCAGUUGGCGGAGGAUGAGGGUGAUUCUUACCCUCAAGCUAAGGAAAUUGUAGCUACAGGUCUGUAUAUGGACGAUUUUGUCUAUUCCGUUUCCUCGGAGGACCAAGGCAUUUCCACCGCCUCGGAAAUGAUAGGUCUCAUGAAAGCUGGUCAAUUUGAAUUAGUCAAAUGGACCAGUAAUUCUCAAGUUGUACUAGAUUCGAUUCCUCCUUCUCAUCGCCUGCCGGCUGUCAAAGAAUUUGACGAGUUUGACCAACAUAAAGUACUCGGCUUGUGUUGGUCACCUACUUCAGACCAUUUCAGCAUGAAGGUGAAUACUCCAGCUAACCAUUGUACCAAGCGCACAAUACUGUCGUGUGUCGCUAAAAUAUGGGAUGUCAUGGGAUUCGUCGCGCCUGUCGUCCUGUAUGCUAAACUUCUCAUCAAACAGCUCUGGCUGUGCGAUUGUGACUGGGAUGAUACCCCACCUGAAGAUAUUGUCAGGCUGUGGACUCGCUUUAAAGAAGAGCUACCAGUGCUCAGUCGUAUGAAAAUCCCACGUCACCUAGGUAUUGUCGCCGAUAGUGUCGUCACUAUCUUAGCUUUCGCGGACGCUAGUGAAAAGGCAUAUGGUGGAGUUAUUUACUUCCAUGUUCAAAAUAGCGAUGGUAAUACUGUCAACUUGUUAACUGCUAAAUCGAAAGUUUCUCCUAAGAAAGUAGUUUCUCUCGCUCGUCUUGAGCUAUGUGCUAUACUUGUGCUAGCUCAACUCAUAAAAAAUGUCGUUGUCGCUUGUCAAAACCGCGUUGUUAUUCGUAAUAUAUUCGCAUUUUCGGACUCUACGGUCGCACUCUGUUGGGUACAUUCGUCGCCCCAUCGGUGGAACACCUUUGUGGCUAACAGAGUAUCUAAAAUACAUAAUGACUUAUCUUCACAAAAUUUGUAUCACGUGUCCGGUACAGACAAUCCCGCUGAUUGUCUCUCACGCGGACUCACACCUUCUCAAAUUAUUGAUCAUCCGCUUUGGUUCACUGGUCCUCGGUGGACUCACUUGGAUGUCUCACAGUGGCCUGUCGUUCCCUUCAAUCCCUCUUCAGUGUCCGAAGCACCUGAAGAGAAGAAACAUUCGUUAUAUCGCAUGUCAGCGUCGGAUUACGACUUCGCUGAAUUACUCGUUCUUCGCCAACUUCAAACCCAUUAUUUCUCCGCUGAGAUCGUCAGACUCGGGCAAGGCAAGGAUUGUAGUCCUUUUAUUCGACACUUGAAACCGUUCCUCAAAGACGGACUCAUUAGAGUCGGAGGCCGUCUAAGUAACUCUGAUUUGAAUUAUGAUAGGAAGUAUCCCUUCUUGCUUCCAAAACUGUUCCUUGUCACUUAG